CAGCCAGCAGACAUGAUGAGCACCAAGGCCUUUACGUUGGUCUCCGCUGUUGAGCGGGAGCUGCUGAUGGGCGACAGGGAGCGUGUCAACAUAGACUGCGUGGAGUGCUGUGGCAGGAACCUCUACGUGGGCACCAGUGACUGCUUCAUUCACCACUUCCUGCUGGAGGAGAACGCUCUGCCCGCAGGGACAGCCACAUUCACCGCCACGAAGCAGCUGCACAGACACCUGGGUUUCAAGAAGGCAGUGAGUGAGCUGCGAGCCGCGUCCGCCCUCAACAGGCUGCUGGUGCUCUGUGACAACUCCAUAACUCUGAUCAACAUGAUGAGCCUGGAGCCUGUCCCUUCAGGGGCUCGCAUCAAAGGGGCCAUGGCGUUUGCCUUGAACGAGAACCCUGUGAGCGGGGACCCAUUCUGCGUGGAAGUCUGCAUCAUCUCUGUCAAACGCAGAACCAUUCAGGUGUUCAUGGUGUACGAGGACCGGGUUCAGAUUGUCAGGGAAGUGUCGACGCCGGAGCAGCCCCUGGCCGUGGCUGUGGACGGUCACUUCUUGUGCCUGGCUCUGACCACCCAGUACAUCAUCCUGAACUACAGCACAGGUGUCGCCCAGGACCUGUUUCCUUACUGCAGUGAGGAGAAGCGCCCGAUCGUCAAGAGGAUAGGGAGACAGGAGUUCCUGCUGGCAGGCCCCGGAGGGCUGGGCAUGUUCGCCACCGUCGCUGGGAUAUCGCAGAGGGCCCCUGUGCACUGGUCAGAGAACGUGGUCGGGGCGGCCGUCUGCUUCCCCUACGUCAUUGCGCUCGAUGAGGAGUUCAUCACGGUGCACAGCAUGUUGGAUCAGCAGCAAAAGCAGACCCUGCCCUUUAAGGAAGGCCACAUUCUACAGGAUUUUGAAGGAAGAGUGAUUGUCGCCACAAGUAAGGGAGUUUACAUCUUGGUUCCAUUACCUCUGGAAAAACAAAUACAGGAUCUUCUAGCAAGCCGUAGAGUGGAAGAGGCUUUGAUUUUAGCGAAAGGAGCCCGGAGGAACAUUCCAAAAGAAAAAUUUCAGGUAAUGUACAGAAGGAUUCUGCAGCAGGCGGGGUUCAUACAGUUUGCACAACUCCAGUUCCUGGAGGCGAAAGAGCUCUUCAGAAGCAGCCAGCUUGAUGUCCGGGAGCUGAUCUCUCUCUACCCCUUCCUGUUGCCCGCCUCCUCUUCAUUCACACGGUCUCACCCUCCUCUCCACGAGUAUGCAGACCUGAACCAGCUGACCCAAGGGGACCAGGAGAAGAUGGCCAAGUGCAAGCGCUUCCUCAUGAGCUACUUGAACGAAGUCCGCAGCACAGAGGUGGCCAAUGGCUACAAAGAGGACAUUGACACAGCCUUGCUCAAGCUGUACGCGGAGGCCGACCAUGACAGUCUGCUGGACCUCCUGGUCACUGAGAACUUCUGUCUCCUGACAGACAGCGCUGCCUGGCUAGAGAAGCACAAAAAGUAUUUUGCGCUGGGACUGCUCUAUCAUUAUAAUAACCAGGACGCUGCUGCCGUUCAGUUGUGGGUGAACAUCGUGAACGGGGACAUUCAGGACUCCACGCGCUCAGACCUUUACGAAUACAUCGUUGACUUCCUCACCUACAGCUUAGACCGGGAGCUCGUGUGGAAGUAUGCUGACUGGGUCUUGCAGAAAAGUGAGGAGAUUGGAGUUCAAGUUUUCACCAAGAGGCCUUUGACCGAACAGCAGAAGGAUAGUUUUAAUCCGGAAGAUGUUAUCACCUGCCUUAAGAAAUACCCUAAAGCUCUUGUGAAGUAUCUGGAGCACCUGGUUGUGGACAGGAGCCUGCAGAAGGAAGAGUACCACACGCGCUUAGCUCUCCUCUACCUGGACGAGGUGCUGCGACAGGGGCCCGGCGCCAGCGGCAAGGGUGCAGAAGUGACUGAGACACAGGCGAAGCUACGACACCUGCUCCAGAAAUCCGACUUGUACCGAGUCCACUUUCUGCUAGAUAGAAUCCAGGGCGCCGGCCUUCCCAUGGAGAGCGCCAUCCUGCACGGGAAGCUGGAGGAGCACGAGAAAGCCCUGCGCAUCCUGGUGCACGAGCUGAGGGACUUCUCGGCGGCUGAGGACUACUGCCUGUGGCGCUCCGAGGGCAGGGACCCGCCCUACCGGCAGCGGCUUUUCCACACGCUGCUGGCCAUUUACCUCGGCCCCGGGCCCUCCGCGCACGAGCUGACCGUGGCUGCCGUGGACCUCCUGAACCACCGUGCCGCCGAAUUUGACGCCGCCCAGGUUCUGCAGCUGCUGCCCGGCAGCUGGUCAGUGCAGCUCCUCUGCCCAUUCCUGAUGGGGGCCAUGAGGGACAGUGUCCACACCAGGAGGACAACGCAGGUGGCUCUUGGCCUGGCCAAGUCUGAAAACUUAAUCUACAAAUACGACAAGAUGAAGUUGAAAGGAAGCUCAGUUCUGCUUUCAGACAAAAACCUCUGCCAGAUGUGCCAAAAUCCCUUUUGUGAGCCCGUGUUUGUUAGGUACCCAAAUGGAGGUCUCGUCCACACCCACUGCGCUGCCGGCAGACACACGAACCCCAGCUCCCCCAGCCCUGGCGCCCGGACUUGAAGAGGCCCACCCGAGGGCACGAGGGGGACCCUGAGUUCAUGACCAGGCCUGCUGGGUGCAGAGAGCAGAAAGCCACUGCACUUGUGUCAGCCAAGACAGAGGGAUGACAUCUGGGUGCUGGGGAGCCUCAGUCAGUGUGAAACAGGGCCUCUCCGCUGCUGACCACUCUGCUUUGAAUGGAAAUGGAAACCCCGGAAACAGAGACUGCGAGACUGCACCGUCCAGGUACACAGUAGUCCACAACAGAUGUCUGCUUUGAAAGAUGAGCCUUCC